CCUCUAGGUACUUUUAUGGACAACCCAGUCGCCCCCAUUUCUCCCUCUCAACUCAACACCAUAGCGAUGGUAUCACCAAUAUCCUUAUAGUCAUAUAUAGUCAUACGAACCUCCUCUUUGGAAACCUGCCAGCCUCGACAGUUCUCCGAAUGUAGAGGAUAUAUCGCUAGGCCACACAAAAACACCUACUGCAACACCCGCCGAACCUGCGUACCCAUCGAUGGCCGACCGCCCGCCUCCGCACCUCCGACCUAGCAGCAACAGCAGCAGGGCCACGCGCGCCAACACGGCCGGUGUGCGGCGCAACCUUUUCCAGAGCCAGCUGACGCGCCGCCCGACCCCGACGCCCACUGGCGCGCCCGUCUCCGGCAGCCACGCCCACCCGUCCUCCUCCGCCUCCUCUGCCUCCUCCUCCCAUCACCACAACCACCACCGCCGCCAUAACAGCGGCACCAACAGCAACCACUCUGCCGCCGAUACCCUACGCCUCGGCGACGUUGAUGUCCUCUCCGACUCAGACGACAUCGUCAUCCGCGACCGCAACGGCGACUUCCAGGUCGGCGACCCCCCAACCCCCCCCCUCGACGACCCGGAUGAGGCCGCCGCGCUAGACGACGCCCAGGAGAACGCACGCGAGAGGCAGAAGCUGGCCGAGGCCGUCAAGCACCACCAGAUCAACCACAACCGUGCACCGGCCCAACCCGAAGAGGUUCUCGAGGCCCUCCGAGCCAGCAUGAGAGCAAAAGUAGCCGCGCUAGCCGAAGAUAACUGGAUGUACGAGCCCGAAGAGGAGCAAUUACGAGCACAAUGAAGAAAAACAGAGGCACGGGUGAAAAAAGAUGGCCAUGAAUGGCUGUGAUGUUGGACAUUUUAAUCACCCGAGAGGUUUGGCCCUUCAUUGCUAUGCCGCGUCCGAGGCCGGUCCUAAUCUAAUCCCUCUGCUGCCGGCAUCGACGUGGGAGCCUUGACGGCCGGUCUUUUGGCACCACCACCCGAUGAUGCGCCCCCAC